AUGGCUCCAGGCAAAGUACUCCUCACCGGCGCGACCGGCUUCCUCGGCUCCACCAUCCUCAUCGACAUCCUGAAAUCCGGUUACACAGUCAACAUAGCCGUCCGCAGCGAGGACAAGGCCAAGCUGAUCCGAGAAGCUCCCGCCAUCGCCUCGCUCGGCAAGGACUCAGCAUGCAAGUUUUUCAUCGUGCCUGACCUCACAGCAGAGGGAUGCCUGGACGAAGCCACGGCCGGCACGGACUUGGUCAUCCACUGCGCCACCCCCAUGCCGUUCACGGACGGAGACAUGGAGCAGGACGUCAUCAUCCCGGCAGUCAAGUGCACCCUGCGAGCUCUGGAGAGCGCCCAGAAGGCCGGCACGGUGAAGAGGGUAGUGGUGACGUCGUCACUCGGCGCCUUCGCCUCGCCCGAAAUAGUUGGGGGCACGUAUGUCCCGCCCGAGGAGAUAUUCCUCGGCGAGAAGCCCAACGACGACUUCGGGCCACCGUUCUACAGCCCCCUGGUCGGUUACUGCGCGGCCAAGACCGCCGCCCUGAAGCGGUCGCUCGAGUGGAUGGACAAGGCCGUCGCGGAGGGCAGUAUCAGCUUCGACCUGAUCAAUCUCGCGCCGUGCUACAUCUUCGGGAAGGUGCCGCUGGCGAACAACACUAAGGACCUCUACGCGACCAGCAACCAGGUGCUCCUGCGUCUGGUGACGGGCGCGGGCCGGUCGCCGGACGGGAAGCCCGGCCCUGCGACGCUGUGCGGAGGGCUGACCGUUGACGACUUCGUUGAGACCGUGCACAGGAGCCUGGACCUGGAUGGUGUCAAGACGCCGAGCUCAGGGCCCAGCAAACACGUCGUCACGUAUGUGUAUUCGCACAGAUUCGAAUGGAACGACAUCUUCCCGGUCAUUGCGAAAAAGUGGCCCGAGGAGGUGAAGCAGGGAAUUUUGGCAGGGGAAGGUGACUACCCCACAAAGCCGAACAUCAACUUCGCCAUGGACGAGUUCACAAAGACAUAUGGCGGUUUCAGGCUCAAGGGCGUUGAGGCUUUUCUUGACUCGCUGGUCCCCCAGUACCUGGAGCUGCUAGAGAAGGAGAAGGCUGUGUCGGUGUCCGCUUGA